GGGACCGACCGACCGACCGACCAACAUUAGUUACAUGAUUUGUGUCCGGCACUAACGGCUGCAGUCGCACCAACUGUUAACAUUCGAGUGACUGUACUGUAAACAGUACACGUACUUUUUCUAUCAAAAGCAGCAAGAAGCGAAGAAGAGUCGUCUAAGAGAGGAGAAUGACCUAAAUACCCUCAAGAUAGGAUAGCCUAACGAGUCCACUGCACAGAACUGCUCCUUUGUAUACCCUCUAAUCUGUUAAUGAUUCCCUGUCUUCUCCUUCACUACCCUUCCCCUUUGCGCGAAUUCCUUCUCACCUACCCGCCUAAAAAAAUAUAUUUUCCGUUUCAUUCAACUCUUAAAUUACUCUUAAUCACCUACUAAUCCCAUUAUCCCCCUCUUAAUUAGUGCCUCGUCUGCUUUAAAGCUUUGAUUUUGCUGCUUCUGCCAGACCUUGCAUACUGCAGAACACUACAGGGUUUUUUACGUGAGUUUUUUUUUUUUCCUAAUCUCUGUUUGGUUGCUGAGAAGAAUUUGAGGAAAGUUGGGGUUGGGCAUGUUUCGUGUUGUUCUGGGUUUAAAAGUUCCAGGAAAGAAAAGGGUUCUUUUUUAGAAAAGGGAUUAUUUAUUUGCUUUGGAAAACGUGUUUUUUUUAUGCUGUACCCUGUUUGGCUGCUGAGAAUGUGUAAGCUGAGAUGGGGUGUUUUAGAUGAUAUAGAGGGGUUUCAAUUCCAGCUGUCUCCUGGGAGUCAGCAAAUUCUAGAUAAAUUAUUGCAGACUUUAGGUACUUCUUUUAUAGGAGCUUUCUUUAGGUAUAUAUUUGAGUCAUGGAGAGCAAUGAUUUGAUGAUUGAGCAUAAUCGGGAUUUAAUGCUGAGGCCCAAUGAGUAUUUGAAACCGGGGAAUAGUGUCGAUUCAGUUUUGGAUCAAUGUUUGGGAGACAUUGAUGAUUAUAGUUUGAAUGUUCAGGACUUGGGUUCGAGUCAUAUUGAUGAUCACAGACUAGCUGUUAAUCAGAGCAAUCAAUACAACAUGGUUCUGCGUCAUGGAGAUGUUCAGAAUUAUGAAGAGAAUGGGUUGGAUUUUGAUAGUGAUGUGAAGCUGGAUGCUGAUCAAGGACAUAACGAUGUUGAUGACCAAGAAAAUCAGUUGACCCCUAUCUCUCAGGGAAGAAGGUUAGGUUUAAUGGAAAAACAUGAAUUGGCUAUUCAAAAACACUGUGUUUCUCACGAAAAUUCAAGUUCAGAUGUGAAACAAAAUCAGGAGACGAGCCAUGUAAUUGAUACUCCUGUUAUUCAGUCUCGUGUCCAUGAUCCUGUUCCCAAUCAUCAGCUGACUGUUGGCCAACAGUUCCCUGAUGUGCACAGCUGUCGGAGAGCACUCAGAGAUGCAGCCAUUGCUAGUCACUUUGAGAUGAAGACAAUUAAAUCUGACAAGACUCGUUUCGUGGCUAAAUGUGCUAGUGAGGGAUGCCCUUGGCGAAUUCAUGCUGCAAAGCUUCCAGAUGUUCCUACAUUCACAAUUAGGACCUUGCCUAAUGAACAUACUUGUGAUGGAAUUACACAUCUUGGUCACCAACAAGCCUCGGUCCAGUGGAUUGCAGACUCCAUUGAAAGGAGCCUCAAGGAAAACCCUCAUUACAAACCGAAGGAGAUACUGGAAGAAAUUCAUCAGGUUCAUGGUAUCUCAUUAUCAUACAAGCAAGCCUGGAGAGCAAAGGAGCGGAUCAUGGCUGCUGUUAACGAGUCAUUUGAGGAAGAAUUCCACCUCCUCCCAUGGUAUUGUCAUCAGAUUGGAAGGACAAACCCAGGAAGUAUAGCUGUGGUUUAUGGGAAUUCUGUUGAUAGAAGUUUUGAACGCCUAUUUGUUUCAUUCAAAGCUUCAAUUUAUGGAUUUUUGAAUGCUUGUUGUCCUCUUAUCGCUCUUGAUGAAAUGCUUUUGAAAGGCAAGUACCAUGGAACCUUGCUUUUGGCCACUGGUUUUGAUGGAGAGGGUGCUGUAUUUCCUUUGGCAUUUGCCGUGGUUGAUGAUGAAAGCAAAGUUGAGUGGAUGUGGUUCCUCUCAGAGCUGCAUAACUUGCUUGAAGCUAACAUAGUAAACAUGCCAAAGCUUACAAUUCUAUCAGAUAGACAGAAAAGCAUCAUAGAUGGAAUAGAAGUACACUUCCCAAGUGCUUUUCAUGGAUUAUGCGUUCAUCAUCUCAUCGACAAUUUCAGCAAGGAGUUCAACAAUACCAUACUAGCCAACCUUCUCUGGGAAGCUGCUUUUGCUCUCACUGCAAUUGAAUUUGAACAGAAAAUCACACUGAUUGAAGAACUGUCAGAGGAUGCAGCUCAUUGGAUUAGAAGAAUUGACCCUCACCUGUGGGCGUCAGCAUAUUUUGAGGGAAAAAGACUUGGACAUCUAACAGCUGACAUAGUUGAAUCAUUAGGUUCUUUGAUACUGGAAGCAUCUGGACUUCCAAUAAUUCAAAUGAUGGAGUGUAUCCGUAGACAGCUGAUGAUGUGGUUCAAUGAGCGUCGUGAAACUAGUUCGCAGUGGACAAGCAUACUUGUUCCUCCUGCUGAGAGGCAAGUGUCUGUGGCUAUUGAGCACGCACACAGUCAUCAGGUUCUCAAAGUAGAUGAUGCUGAAUUUGAAGUUAUUUCUGCUGAAGGUUCUCAUAUAGUAAAUAUCUGUAGCCGCAACUGUUCAUGCCGAAGAUGGCAGCUAUGUGGGCUGCCCUGUGCUCAUGCUGUGGCAGCUCUUCUCUCUUGCAGGCAGAAUGUUUCUCGGUUUGCUGAAAGCUGUUUCACUGUGACAAAUUAUCGCAAGGCAUAUUCACAAACCAUACACCCAAUACCAGAUAAAGCCCUUUGGAGGGAACUAUCAGUAGGAUUAGACGAUGCAGGCAACAAUUCUGUCGAACUCGUUAUAAAACCUCCAAAGUCUCUUCAACCACCAGCAGCUAAACCAAGAAAAAAGCGAGUUUGUACAGAAGUUUCGGGGCACAUGAAACAGACUGUGCAUUGCAGCCGCUGCCAUCAGACUGGACAUUUUAGAACAACAUGUACUGUCCCUCUAUAGAUGCUGGAAUCAAUUCCGCAGAAAAGUUCGUGAAUAUUUUUGCUAGAUUACAUAGAGCUUUGACAAUGAAUUUGCUUCCAGUGCCCAGAUUUAUUCCUUUUGUUUAUAAUGUUAGGCAAAAAUUAUGGGCAGUAUUUUGGAAUACUCACAAUUAUUCUCAGGAUUAUUGAUCAGCUCUGUGUUAUUUCCCA